AUGCCUGCCGAUUCCGACGCUCAGGCGACUUCAUCGCACAUGAUGAAGACAACAAAACGCGGAAGGCCUUUUCUCAAGGAUACCCUCGAUCUGUUUGCGACACUUAUCGUCUCGUUAGAGUUGACGCCGCACAAGCAGUUCUUUCGUACAUUCCCUAAUUCGUUCUCUACAGAUGAAGCCGCCCAGAACCUCGCCUCGCUCAAGUUUUCUCAGUCCAAUCGAGGGCCGGAUCCCAGGGAACCUUCGCGUGUGGUAACAACGACCACGACAACAACAUUCUCAAUGACCCGUGACAUGGCCAAGGCGAUGAGCCAGCACUUUAUGGAUGCCCGCCUUAUUGAGAACGCCGCAGACCCAUCCUCCAAUCUAUUCAAGGACAGGGGUGUAUACGUGCUUACGCCCAAGGGAUUGCACGUUCUGGAGCGCUUCAUAAGUAAAAAUGGUAUCAAUUCAGACCAUCUCCAGCAGGUCUUCGUCACCCAGCCCAUCUGCAUCAAGCUUCUCCACCUUGAGCGACGAUCAGCAGACGACGAAAUCAUAGUCACACAGUCCGUCAUCACUGCCCUCUUCCGACGCUUCGUCGGCCGGAGUCCCAACUUCCCAUCGGCAACCCCUUCUCCUGAUCCCUUCCAACGAUACAAUGAGCGAUCCAAAGGUGUUGCUCUCAUGGAAGUUACCGAACGUGCGCAACCGCUUCUCGGCAAGGGCCAGCAGGUUCACAAAUACUGUUUCGCGGCCGUCACCGCUCUCGAGUGGUUGUGCGACUUUACUUCGGUGGUUGGGCGUGAGGAGGCUGCAGAGAUGGCCGCACAGUUUGUCCGAUUCGGACUGAUCACCUUGGUUAGCGAUAAGCGGAAGAACAACGAUUCUGCGAUCAUCUUUACGGUCCGAGGAUCUGCCCCCGGUGGCAACUCUCCCGUUAGCCAACACGGAGAAUUCCGCUGUACCGCUAAGGCGAUAUACAAGAUCACGGAGGAAGGUCGCCGCCUCGCGCACUGGGACAAUCCAAGGCAAAUCGGCUCCCAUGAUUCGCCGAACGCAUCAUCGGCAACCCUCACAGAGCGUUCGUCUAUUGACAAGUCCACCGCAGACCAUAAUGAGAAGAAGAGCGGUGAUGCUAAGAUCCAUCGUCGCAUCUCGAUGGCAGAGAAGAUGAACGCUAGUUACGAUGCUGCGGACAAGAAGAAUAACCAGAAGGAGAGCAACGCAGAGCGUCUGCGGUACAUUUUGGAAGAGCCAGGUCUUCGUUCGCUCUUCCGAGAGUUCCUUCGUGGCAACUUCUGCGAGGAGAACUUGUCGUUCUGGCUUGACGUCGAGGACUUCAAGCGCAAGUUCAACAUCACCUCUAGUGCAGUAGCUGUUGCGCCUGCUGCUCCGCGCCCCGGUUCCAAGACAACGCCAGGACAAGCAGCGAUGGAGCGUCAUCAUGAAUCUCUCAUCAAUACGGCAUUCGUGAUCUAUAACACGUACCUUGCUCCCUCCAGUCAAUGCGAGCUGAAUAUCGACCACGGUCUGCGGAAUGAGCUGUCGAAGUAUUUGGAAGAUGUCGUGACGAGCCUAACGGGCAAGGCGUUCCAAGGGCGCGUCGAGCCUGAACAGGCAAAUGCUUUCAAUGCGACCCAGCUGCAGACCAUGAUCCGGUUGUAUGAACGGAUUCAGACUCAUGUCUUCCGGUUGAUGGCGACAGACUCAGUUCCUCGGUUCAUCAAGACGCCUAAGUUUUUGGCAAUGCGGAACUGGGUGGAGGACUUUGAUCCUACAGACGAUGAUGUCCGGCUGUUGACAUCUGCACCUUCUCAACCGCCAGGCCUCGGCUCAUCAGAGGAGACGGGCGGCGCAUACAUAACAAUAUCGCAGCAAGGCAGCGAGCGGGCGCAAGGCCAAACAAAUCCCGCCAUCUCGACGCCGCCGAACGCACCAUCAGCACCAUCAUCAUAG